UGCGUCGCGCGGAAGGGCCGGCGUCUGUGCGCAGGAGCGAGGGGAGCGCGAGGCGCGGCCGUUUGGCUCGGUUUGACCCCGACAGUUGGUGCGUGAGCGCGCACGCGCUGCUGCGUCGAGCCGUCCCCACCUCCCCCGGAAAGCUCGCCGCCUGCUCGCGCCGAGGGAGAGGGGCCCAGCGCGAGAGGCGUCCGAUGGCGACCUAGAGCCCGCUGGCCCGCGGGUGGGGGGGGAAGGAGGUGUUUGGGUGUGGGGGGAGGAAAUCCACCGCCUUCCCCCUGCACCACCCCCCGCCCAAUAACUUCCAUAUCUACACACAAGCACCCCUCUACAAGUCUUCACACUGCCCCGGGCCGUCGGAGACCGAGGGAGCCUGAGAGCAGUGUUGGAGAGUGAACUUAACUCAGUUCUCCCUCCCCGCAUCGUUCGCAUGCCAUGGCACUGUGGGUGGAUAUAAGGCACUCCUGAACUGCAGUAUGCUGAACAACAUGCCUCUACCUUUAUAAUGCCCAUUGCUAAAUACUGCUGCAAAGUACUGUGUACAUGAAGGACAUGAAAACUUUCUAGCUAUGGCAAUUGCAACUUUCUACUCAUCCCAAGGCUAUAAAAAGAGGUCUUGGAAGAUUUUAUGAUACUCCAAAGCACAUGGCCUAGAUGGUUGAAGCCAUGCCACUGACAUUAAGAGGUUGACAAAAUAAAGGAAGAUGGUCAGCAAUCAAGUUGUACUGGAGUCAAGGGCAGCCCCUAAAAACUUGUUGGAUGAAAUGCACAAACUCCGGAUUUUAUGCUACUUCUGUGAUGUAACUGUGCAGAUAGAGCACCAAGGCAACAAAGAGGAAUUUGUUGCUCACAAAGCUGUAUUGGCAGCUGCCAGCAGUUACUUUAAGGAACUGUUCCUUAAUGAAAUGGUGAACACUAAGAUUACUAUCGUUACUUUGCAAGACAUUUACACAGCAGACUUUGCCUCUUUUUUGGAUUUUGUGUAUACUGCAAAAGUAGAGGUCGAAGCCGAGAGGGUACAAAGAUUACAGGAGAUUGCAGAGAAGUUGAAGUGCAGGGAGCUAGCCGAAGUUUGCAGUCAAGUAAAAUCACAGAUACUUGAAUCAGCUCUAAUGGACUUGGGCAAUUUGGCUGAUUCCCAGGGAGCAGAAGGAAAUAUAGACAAUAAACAGGACAGUGAUUGUAUUUCGAUUUCUUCUCAAAACACAUUAGCAAUUCCUUCAACAGUAGACAUUCGCCAAGUGUCCACUGCCUAUGAUAUUUCUGAUGAAGAGAAAUCUCAUGAACAAGAUUAUAAGCCAUUGCUAGUAACCACUAGAGCCAAAGGCUGGGAAAAGUCAGAAAAAGAGAAGAAAAUGGGAAAAGCUUUCAGUGUAAAGGCCAAGCGAGCCAGUGGAAGGCUGGCAGGUCGAAAAGUCUUUUUGGAAAUUCCCAAAAAGAAAUAUACUCGUAAGCUUCGCGAGCAAGAGAAGGUUGAUCAAAAUUUGGAAGAGGGAUCUGAAAAAUUGACCUGUGUAGAAGAUAACCAAGUUGAUGAAGACCAAGUGAAAAAAGAAACAAUGGCUGAAAUUGUUGAAGAUCCAGAUGAAGAAGAUGGGAUGAUGGAAGGGGACGAUGAUGAAGAUGAAGCAGAGAGUGAUAGUGAUUUUGAAUUAGAUGAGGAUACCAAAAAGACACCUGAUGAGAUUGAGAAAAAGAGAAGAGGUGGAAAUUUUAAAUGUGACAAAUGUGAGAAAGACUUUCAAUAUGAGAAGAGCUACUUGAAACACAUAGAGCAGAAUCAUGGUGUUACGCCUGAAAUAAUUUAUCGCUGUGACACUUGCAAUCAGACUUUUGCUAACCGCUGUAACUUAAAAAGCCACCAAAGGCAUGUCCAUGUUGAAGAGCGUCGCUUUCCAUGCUCACUUUGUGGUAAAAAGUUUAAAAGGAAAAAAGAUGUGAAGCGGCAUAACCUUCAGGUUCAUGAGGGUGGUGGAGAGCGUCACUUAUGUCUGCAAUGUGGUAAAGGACUGAGUUCCAAAACUGCUUUGAGACUCCAUGAAAGGACGCACACUGGAGAUAAGCCUUAUGAGUGCACGGAAUGUCAUGCUAAAUUUUCUCAGCCAUCUGCACUGAAGGUGCACUUGAGGGUCCAUACCGGUGAAAAACCAUUUGCCUGUGAUGAAUGUGGUGCCAGGUUCACACAGAAUCACAUGUUGAUAUAUCACAAAAGAUCUCACACAGGUGAAAGACCAUUUAUGUGUGAAACAUGUGGCAAGAGUUUUGCUUCGAAGGAGUAUCUGAAACAUCACAACAGAAUCCACACUGGAUCAAAACCAUUUGUUUGUGAGAUCUGCUACCGUGCUUUUGCACAGAGAAAUUCUCUUCAUCAACAUCUUAGAGUUCAUACAGGUGAGAGGCCUUACUGUUGUGAUCAGUGUGGAAAGCAGUUUACACAGCUGAAUGCUCUACAACGCCACUAUCGCAUACAUUCAGGAGAGAAACCUUUUAUGUGCAGUGCAUGUGGGAGGACCUUUACUGAUAAAUCUACGCUCAGAAGACAUGCUUCAGUUCAUAACAAGAAUGCACCAUGGCAAUCCUUCCUUGUCAUCUUGGAUGAGGGCUCUAAAAAGAGCCAUAUUCAAAGAACAGAUCUCCAUCCAUAUGUGGAUUGUGAGCAAAUUGCCCCCUCAGAAGCACAAGAAUCAGUGUCUUGUACAGAAAUACUCAAUGACCAAAAUACAGUCACGCUCCAUGGAAACAUCUCUUCACAUGAACAAAACACAUCUGGUACUUCAGAUUGGAGGUCAGCUGGUUUGCCUUCCAUCACUAUGGUAACUCAAGCAGCCUCCAUGGCAGCAACUUUUAAUGAGCUUGCAGUACUCCAUGCACCAACCGAUUCAGUGCAGCCUCACUUGCAUAUCUUGGCAAAUGUUGAACAGUUGGGUGCUGGAAGUACGCAAGCUGUAGUGCUUGACAAUAGCACAUUGGAAAAAAAUGGGACCCCUAGCACAAGCAUUGUGACUACAAUUUCUGUGCCUGCAUGUCUAGCCAUGACUAGUCACAUCAGUAAUAUAUUAACACAUGGAGCUGGGGUUGGGCAAAUGCAGAGUGGAACACCUGUCACCAUAUCAACAGGUUCUUCACAGCUAACUGUUAUGCAGACUGAUAAUCUAUCAACAUUGCAGAGUACUGUAAAUGGAGUGACCAGUAUACAGAAUAUUCAGAUCUAAGCUAAUAUUAACCAGCUGUAUUGUUUCCAUCAGCCCAUAGACUUGUGGAUUAAUUUUAAGUGAUCAAAACCUAAAUCUUGCAAGUGAAAAAGAAAUCAGUCACAUUUUGUCAAUCUUUUAGUUAUCUGUAAAAUAUUUGCAGUUUUUAUUCACUAGUUGCAGUGUAUAAUCUGGAGCAUCAUGAACACCGGUUUAUUUCCUUAACUCCUUUUGAAGCUCUCAAGGCUGCAAUUUAUUUUUUGUUCUACUUUUUCCUGUUACCUUUUCUGCUGGGAUUUCUGGAAAUUUGUUUUUAAAGAGGAGAUGGUUUUAGUAACCUGUUGAAGUUUGACAAUUGGAUGUUGAGCAUCAAAAUAUCUUUUAACCUAGUGAUUUGAUAGGUCCUUUGGAACAAAUCACGGGAUGCUAAUUGUUUAAAUUGUCGUGUUGCACAAUAUUUUUCCCAAAUCGGUCGUUAAUUUUGGCAUACUAUAGUCUUUGAUAACAAACUGCAUCUUUAAGUUUUCAUAAAAAGAAUCUGUUUGGCGGGCAAUGGGCAAGUGUGGUUUCUUUUUUGGUUAUCCAUCAUGUUUCAGGUCCAUAGCCUUACGAUGUGGGUAGCAGUAUUUACAUCCCAGAAUCCCCCAUAGAAAUGCACGUGCCUUUUAAUACGAUGUAGGUGGAUGAGUAGUUUGAGGGAAGCUUUGCUGUAUGAGUUCACAGUUUUAUUGAUUAUGUCAUAACACAUGUUUAAAAGGUUCCUUUUAAGAUCAAAAGUUGCACCAAAAUGUUGGAGCUAUUGUAAAUCCUAAAUCAGAAUGAUAAUUAAACCUGUAAAAUGUAUAAAGUGGUCAUUUAAAGUGUAUUAGGCACAUGGAGAAUAUUUGUAGUAGGAGAAAUCUGCUUCACUAUAUCAUUAACUAUAAUAUUAGGGGUUUGUGAUCAUCUUGUAAACUUGUAUUGAACUUUAAUAUAAAUUGGUUUUGUGAAUCUCUCAAAUGCAGUUGUAGAGAUUGUCAAGUAAAAAUGACAUGCAGUUCUUUUUAAAAAAAACAAUUUGGGUAAUUUAUGCUGUACUGUUCUCUUUGUAUCUGUGUGCAUUAACUUAUGGUCUUAACAGCUUCUGAAAUGCUUUGCAGGAGAUCAUUUUUUUUCCUGAUUCUUUUGUUCGUCAGUUUGUGAGCACUCUUGAAAAGGCAUGUGAUAGAGCUUCUGGAAUUUGUAAACAACAAUGUGUCUUCUCAAUAAUGGACAAGCUUCUUAUCAAAUUGGCCAGACUUUAAACAAGUUUAUUUCAGUCCUAUUA